CGACAAUGAAGGGUAACAAAGGGAAAGAUGUAGCUGGUGAGGGAGAUCGUCCUGAGGUUGGGGACGUCCGUCCUGGAGCUGUACCCCAAACUCGUCCGUCUGCUGGGGACAAAAGAAAGUCCUUACCGAAGAAUUUGGACUUGGGGAGUCUUCCUAGCAGGCGGGACAAAAGAGUGAAGCAUUCAUCGUCUAAGGUGGCCAAGCCUAUUUUGCCUCAGCCCAACCUCUCCGUCCAAACAAUUGAUGUGGACGUAUCUCCACCUGUGGAGAUGACCUCGUCCAAGACCCCUCCUAGGACGACUGCACCUACCUCGUCUCAGCUCCCGUCGAGAGUGUCUUCGAACAUAGUUGAAAACGAAGAUUUGGCUUGGCAACGUUUUCAAGAAGCUGUGAAGGACGAGGACAUUCAUGCAUGUUAUGACAUGUCUUUAAAAGACUUUGAACAUUCUGGUGUUCAUGAUCUUUUUAAGGCCAUGUCCAAGUUCAUCGCAGCGUCUAGGCAAGCCACAGAGUUGGACAAGACGAGGAUUUUGCUAGAGACGACCAUAAAAAACGUGAGGGAGGAAAGCAAGAAAUGGGCUGGGGUUGCUGCUGAGGCUAAGGAGAAGGAAGUGGAGCAGCUAAACUUGAUCGCAGAGUUGAAGGCCGCUGUGGUGGAGAAAGACUCCCGUCUUGACCACCUUCAAGCGAAGAAUGACGAGCUAAGUACUUUCCUCUCCAAGGCUAAGGACGAUGCCAUUGCGGAGUUCAAAGCGUCCAAGGAAUUCACAGACUUGUUGGACCGCAACUAUGCAGCGGGUUUUGAAGACUUUAGGAUGGACGCUGUUGAAAACUUCCCUGAGGUGGACUUCAACUCUAUCAAACUUAACCUGAAUGCUGCUACCAGCUCUCUUCUCCAAACCAGCUCUGAGGACGUCAAUAUUGAAGACGAUGCCUCUACCCAGCCACCCACUGCUCCUACUUAAGAACGUGUUUUUUUUUUCUGAUCCUUUGUCUUUGGAUCUUUCGAUGUAAUUCAAGUACACUAAACUCGUCCAAAGUUUUGAGGACGAGGUAUUGAAACCU